GAGAGGGCAUUAUUGAAAACACCAGUAGUCCUGUUUGAAAGAAAAUGAAUUGAAACUUUACUCUUAUAAAUAACCUUGUAACGCUUUUUUCUUUUCCCCUUUUCAAUACACAUCUGAAGAAUAACCCCACAUAGUCCUCCUCUCCAAAAUUACUUUAAAAAAACAUACAGCAUUUUCUUCUUGUCUUUGCAGAGAUUCUUGCAGGGAGUGUGAGAACUGAAAAAAAGUUGGAAAAAAAAUGAAGACAGUUUGGUGGAAGAGACAAUGGAGUCAUUUUCUUGGAUUGUUGGGAAUUUUUCUUCAGCUGUUCUUGAUAAUUGAAUGUGCUGCAACAAGGAGAAUUGCUAAGUACAACAGCCAACUGGAAAUGCAAUACUAUCCUCCAGUACAAUUACUUAAACUGAAAAAUCAUGUUAUGGUGGAUAAUGGUCUAUUUAACAUCACAUUUUCUGUUCCUGGAGGAAUGGUCACUGCAAUACAAUACAAUGGAAUUAAUAUGCUGGAAAAUGAAAAUAAAGAAAAUAAUAGAGGGUAUUGGGAUAUUGUUUGGAACAAAGCAGAAAAACCAGGGAUCAUCUAUGACAAACUUGAAGGGACGAAGUUUGAAGUUAUACUCAGUGAUGAAAAUCAAGUAGAGCUUUCAUUCAUAAGGCUUUGGAAGUCUUUAAAUGCGUCAAGUCUUUCUAUGAAUGUUGACAAAAGGUUUAUAAUUCUGAGGGGGUAUAGUGGAUUUUACUCCUAUGCAAUUUUGGAGCGCUUGGAAGGAUGGCUAGACAUAGAUGUUUACCAAGGGAGAAUGGCCUUCAAGCUUAAUGAAAAAUUGUUCCCUUAUAUGGCUAUUUCAGAUAAAAGGCAGAGGAUAAUGCCCACAGCAAAAGAUAGAGAAAUGGGCCGAGAGCUUGAUUACAAAGAAGCUGUACUUCUUACAGGCACAACUAAUUACUUCCUUAAAGGAGAGGUGGAUGAUAAAUAUCAAUAUACUCUUGAAAACAAGGAUAACAGGGUCCAUGGGUGGAUAAGCCCAAACUCAAGAACUGGAUUCUGGAUGAUCACACCAAGUAAUGAGUUCCGAACAGGUGGGCCUAUUAAACAAGACCUCACUUCUCACACCGGCCCAGUAACACUAUCUAUGUUCUUCAGUACACAUUAUGCUGGGGAGAUUCUAGCAUUGAGAUUUCGAAAUGGAGAGUCAUGGAAGAAGGUUUUUGGCCCUGUUUUUAUUUACCUAAAUUCAGCUUCAUUAGAUGAUGAAGAUAUUCUCACACUAUGGACAGAUGCAAAAGAACAGAUGUUAAUCGAAACAGAGAAUUGGCCGUACGAUUUCCCUCUUUCCGAAGAUUUCAUUCAAGCUAAUCAACGGGGUAUUGUAAGUGGCAGAUUGCUCGUUAGCGACAGCUAUAUGAAUAAAACACUUAUCACUGCAAAUUCUGCUUUUAUUGGAUUGGCUGCACCUGGAGAUGUUGGAUCAUGGCAACUAGAAAAUAAGGGUUAUCAAUUUUGGACUCAAACAGAUGCAGAGGGAUAUUUCUUGAUUAAAAAUAUCAUCCCAGGAAAUUAUAGCUUGUAUGCUUGGGUCCCUGGAUUUCUUGGUGAUUACAAAUAUGACGACUACAUUAACAUCACCCCAGGAUCAAGAACUAGGCUGCAUACUCUUGUGUAUGACCCACCAAGAAAUGGACCAACAUUGUGGGAAAUAGGCAUUCCUGACAGAACUGCUGCAGAAUUCUUCAUUCCUAAUCCACAACCAAGACUUCACAAUCAGUUGUACAUUGAACAUUAUCAUGCUGAAAAGUUUAGGCAAUAUGGAUUAUGGGAUCGUUACACAGAAAUAUACCCUAAUGAUGAGCUAGUCUACACUGUUGGAUCAAGUAACUAUCAAACAGAUUGGUUCUUUGCUCAUGUUAAUAGAUAUAUUUACAAUGAUGAGGGGAACAAAACGUAUAUACCAACUACAUGGCAAAUUAUUUUUGAUCUUCAAGAACUGGUGUAUUCCUCAAAUUAUACUCUUCAACUAGCAUUAGCCUCAGCAACUGAAGCUGAUUUACAGAUUCGAAUAAAUGAUGAGAAUGCAAAGGUUCCUCAUUUUACAACAGGGUCGAUAGGCAGGGAUAACGCGAUUGCAAGACAUGGAAUUCAUGGAUUGUAUCGGAUGUAUAGUAUAGAUGUACCUAGCAAUCUUCUUGCUAUUGGAAAUAAUGUUAUAUUUCUUAAGCAAAGUAGAGGUUCGACCCCUUGGAGUGGAGUCAUGUAUGAUUAUAUUCGUCUCGAAGGACCCUCUGGAAAUGGUUAAUUAACAACCAUUGGGGGAUAUUAUUGAUACUAUUAGAAGUACAGAAUUUAGAUUUCCAAAAAAUCUUUAGCUCCUGUUUUUUAUAUCUUGCAAAUUUAAGCUUUAUUUUGCAUAGUUUACUAUCCUUAAAGGAUAAAAACUUUGAUUUGUACUAGGUUAUGCAAUUUAGCCUUCUUCUU